AUGAGGGACGCACGACGUAUACCCUCAAGGUCUGUUGAAAGAACCCUAUAUGCAUCUCGCAAAGGAUCUCAAAUAUCGCUCAAUUAGUUGUCCAACUACCCUACAAUAUGUCAGAUUCCGCCUCGAGCCAUCUUAUCUUUCUUCAUGCUAGAGAACAGUUGGUCGCAGUGGUACGCAGAAGUGGCAAGCGAGCCUCAUAAAGGAGGCUGAGCACUUCAUCGCGCUUCCCGCAUUUUCAAUAGCUCUUGCGUCGCACGGCAAGGUGCUCCAGGCUCCAGGACAGUGCUGAGCUCUCUCAUCUCUACCACACCAUGGCCAAAUGCGAGAACGAGCGCUUUGAGCGCGAACUAAUCCUCGAAGACGCGCUCCCAAACGAGACAACUUUCCACCUCCUAGCGCUCAACCUCUGCUGUGGCUUCGCAUGUCUUGCCAUCGCGCUGUCCGUCUGGCACAUCCUCCGGCACGCUCUCCACUACCUGCGGCCCUACGAGCAAAGGCACAUCAUUCGAAUUCUCGCAAUGAUACCCAUCUACGCCUUUACUUCCUUUCUCAGCUAUGUUUUCUACCAGAAUGCCAUCUAUUACGAACGUGUCCGCGAUUGCUACGAGGCUUAUGCGAUUGCGAGCUUUUUCACGCUAAUGUGUCAUUAUGUUGCGCCAAAUCUGCACGAGCAGAAGGUUUAUUUUGGUAAUGUGAGGCCGAAGAAUUGGGCGUGGCCGCUGAGUUGGCUGCAGAAGCUCACGGGAGGCGAGGAUAGAGGCUGGCUGAGGAAGCCCCGGAGCGGGCUAACUUGGUUCAACAUCGUCUACGUUGGUAUUUUCCAGUAUUGCAUCAUUCGUCCGCUGUGCAUGAUCGUGGCUGUCAUCUCCCAAUCGCAGGGCAAAUACUGCCAAAGCUCCACAAGCCCUCGAUUCACCUCCCUCUGGGUUGCCGGCUUCGACGCGAUUUCUGUGACCAUCGCCAUGUACUGCCUCGUCCAGUUCUACAUCCAACUAAAAGAGGACCUAACGCCGCAUCGACCCUUCCUCAAAGUUCUCAGCAUCAAGCUCGUCAUCUUUCUCUGUUUCUGGCAGAAUUGGCUUAUUUCGCUUUUGACAGCUGAGAGCGGUCCGCUCAAACCUACCAAUUUUGUCGCUGGGCCGGACCUACGAAUCGGAAUUCCGUGUAUCCUCACCUGCGUCGAGAUGGCAUUCUUUGCGGUUUUGCACCGUUGGGCCUUUCCAUGGAAACCCUACGAUAUCGAACGUGUGCCUAGACACCGUAGGCAGCAUUACGCCUGCGGCCCGAACGCAGCUCUACUUGAGGCUAUCUACCCUUGGGACUAUGCAAAGGCCGCUGCUCGCGGCUUUCGUUGGCUGUUCCACGGUCGACGCUUUCGGAAGGACGACCCAUCAUACCAGACGGAACCGAACUUUGGGAUGAAGCAGGAGCUAGCUGCCAGAACGCGUCCUGGGGCGCGUACUGACCCUGGGCAUACCGAAAGCAAGAAGCGCAAGCACAUGGAGCGGAAGACGGCUUAG